AUGCUAACACGGCCAACCUCGUGUUUCAGGCAUCUGCGUGACCCGAAGCUUCACCCGUCGACUCCAAACAAACACCGGAAGUUCAGUCGGCGCUCGUGGGACAUGCAGGUGCGGCUGUGGAGGAGAGCGCUGCACCUGUGGGACCCUCCUGGGGACCAACCCAAGGAGAUGGACCCAGUGGACCAGCUGCAGAAGCAGCUGUCCUUGAUGACCUCUGACGUCUGUGGGGACAAGCAGAGAGAGGCCCGUCACAGCUCCUCUGUCCCCCACUCCCCCCUUUCCCCCCAGGAGGUCCGCCCCCCGCCUGGCCUAGGCCCCUCCCUCAUGAGUCAGCUGACUCUCGACGAUCACAUGACCCCUGACGAUCACAUGACUGACUGGCUGCAGCUGCUGAUUCACGGGAACAGGGACUUGUGCGCAGAUGAGCAGCAAGUUCCUGUGAUGUCGGACCACGGCUUCUGGACCCCAUAUUAG